CAGAAGCGCAGCACGAACACAGGAAAGCGUCGUUAAAGCAAAGAAUGCGUUUAGGAAAACGUGACUGGAGCGCUUUCACGUGCUCUCGCAGACGCUCAACACUCAGGUGAGCCGGAGCGUCUGCGCUCUGCAGGUCACGUGACGCCUCCUCGUGCGCAGUCCCUCGUCGUCUGUCGCCUCAUAAAAAGCCGGAGCGGCCGCGGCGCAGGCAGUCGCUCUGCCUCCUCCCACCAGCAUCCGUCCGACACCAUGUGGAGCCGGGCCGGCGCUCUGCUGCCGCUGCUGCUCGCCUGCUGCCUCUGGGCCGCCGAGGCUCAGAGCGAGCGCAGACAGUCCAUCUGGGAGGAACCCAUCGGCUUCAGCACCAAGUCUAGGGACGCCUGCACCAUGAGCGUGACGGGCCACAGCCAGUACACCAGGCUGAGGGUGGCGUGCGAGGGCGGCAGGAAGCCGUACUGGUGUGAGUUCGUGGGGAAGCCUCAGACCUGCCGGCCCUACAACAAGAACCCCCGGCACUACUUCGUCCAGCUGAUGUGGGGCUUCAGGAAGCGGUCCAACGCCUGCCAGGGCCAGAGGCGGCUCAAGCCUUUCAUGUGCAGGAACGCGGGGGACGAGUCCCAAAUGGUGUUCGCCUCCGCCUCCUUCUACCCGUCGAGGCCGGGAGCGCGGCCCACGAGGCCUCAGCCCCGUCCGGCUCCCACCAGGCGGGCGUCGGCCCGGCAGGGCCCCCUGAAGACCGCCCAGCUGCCGCCGGCGAGGACCACGCCGGGCCCCACCCCCCCGCCGGCGACGCCCCCCGCGGAGCCCGCGGCCAAGAGGAUGGCGCAGCAGUACUGCUGGAGGUCGCUGCAGGGAGUGUGCGCCUACGUGAUCGGCGUGUUCCGCCGGGAAUGAGUCGGAUCUCAUUCUGAUGUGGACAACUUCAAAUGUCUGAUCAAAGAAGCCCUCGGAGGAAAGAGCAUCGUUUUCUAUCGCACUCUUGGCAAGACUGAAAUGUUUCCUUAAAUAUUAUAUUAUAUUAUAUAUAAUAUAUUCACAAAACAAAGAUGGAAAACCUCCUGAUUACUCACUAAACAUGUAUGAAGUGCAGUUUUCACUGGUGAGAAGCUUCUGCAGCCGCAACAGGAAGCUGUCACAUAUUUGUAUUUAUAAUAUCAUUGUAUUUGUUUAUGAUUUACCAUCAGCACUUCUGGUGGUGAACCAUUAUAUUCUUGAAAAAGACUAAUGUCCAAAGUUUAGUCUAAAAGCGAUUACGUGACCAGAAUCAUAAAAUUAAUGUGAAGAUGUUUUGUAUGUAAAUCAAUAAACAGUACUCUUGGUU